AUGGCGUACACACUUGUGAUCUUCUUGGCUUUGCUAGCCAUGGCAAUGGCCGGCUCUAUUCAAUUUAAAGACUGUGGUUCCAAGGGUGCUACAAUUCAAUCAGUAGAUGUUGGAGGAUGUACGGCAGAGCCAUGUCAUCUUGUCCACGGCAAAAAUGCAACCAUGUCUGUCAAAUACACUGCAAGUGAGGACGUGCAACAUCCUACCAAUUCCAUAUAUGGUAUUAUUGCCGGAGUACCUGUCAAGUUCCCGUCCCCGGAGGAUUGCUGCUCAAAUAAAAAUCUCGUCUGUCCCAUUAAGUCAGGGACUUCGUCUCAAUAUAAUAUUGACAUAUAUGUUUCUCCUUCCUACCCAAAGAUUUCAGUCCUUGUCCAGAUGGCGGUCAAGGAUGAUAAUAAGAAUGACUUCCUUUGUUUAGUAUUUCCUGCCGUUAUCGCCGACAGCUAA